GCGUGACAAGCCUCGAGCCGGCCCAACAACAGUGGCAACGGCGGCGCCAGUAUGGAAGUCCCUGGGGUGGCACGUCACCCUCCUACAGAUUAUGCUUCUCCUCGUUCUGUUGGCGUUGCCAGGCAGUGGCUGAUUGUAGCUGGGACAACCUGACCGACUACACGCUCCACUACACCAGUUCCUACUCUACCGGAGUUCAUCAGGUCUCCUUCAAAGACGGGGAGAAGGCACCUUACAAGUGUCUAGAUGGCUACCUCCCGUCUAGCAAAUAUUCGGGACCUCGCGUACUCAAUGCCACAUGCCGCGGCAACCAGUGGGAGUGGGAUUCAAGGAACUUGCAGUGCAGGCCUGUCAGUUGCGGUCAUCCGUGCCCGAACGGUUACUGUAGGAACGGCGACGUCACACCACUAGUGUUCAACUACCCGCAAGAAGUGACGUUCACCUGCAACAAGGGAUACCACUUGGUGACACACGACGACCAAUACUGGGAUCCCCACAAUACUGUCGUCUGCAAGGGCGACGGCAAAUGGAGCCGUCCUGCACCGAAGUGCGUAGAAAUCUUUUGCCCACAACCCACCCCCAUCGCCGACGGAAAGAUCGACCCGCCACAGGGAAUCUUCCGUGAAAACUCCACAAUCCAGUACGCCUGCAACCAGGGCUUUACGUUGGUUGGUGAUGCUACACGUCGCUGCAAGAACGAUGCAAUGUGGUCUGGCCGUGACCCAACUUGCGAGCGACAUGGAAAGGCUGUGGAAUUUUGGACUCCAAAUGUCAUUGUUGAGAGGUGUUCUGAACCGAAGCCACUGCCCCACGGCGAAAUUAAAACAAACCGCAUUUAUGAGGUUGGCGCCAUCAUCAUUUACGUCUGCGACGACGGCCAGCGAUCGUCUGCCACAUGCGGUGAAGACCUCAAGUGGCGUCCAGACCCACCGUCGUGCACGGACACAAAAAGACAAACUGUAGCAUCAUCACCUUCACCGCCAUUGCCAACAGCUACCACAACCACCACCACAACAACUGCUCCUUUACCACCAACACAGUGUAGCCCGCUGCCAAGCCCAACCUACGGUAGGCUGUUCAGCAAAGACGGAUUCCGAAUCAACGCGUCCGUCCUCUUUACCUGCAACGAAGGGUACGCCUUGCAUGGCCCCGCUACGCUCGUGUGCAAGCCGACGGGCGUCUGGGAUCCUCCGAUGACGCCAACAUGCACUGCGCCUCCGCCAUGGAUCAUCAUCCUCAGUGUUUGCUUGGCGGUUCUUGCCUCACUCGUACUGUGCUGCCUGGGAUUCUUCUACUUCCUUCGGCGGAGACGGCGGAGCACGCCUCCGCCUCGCAACUACAGGCGGCAAAUACGGAAGCCGGGACCAUACGAUGCAAUAUCAAAUGAGGAGGUGGCAAGACUGGGAAAGCCAUUUCCUGUGACGAGCCUAUGAGCCAACCACCAUGCGGCGCAGGUUCAGUGCUGCUGACGAUCUGCAAGCUUUUACUGCUCAACGGCCCAAUGCUGGAAGAUUUGUUUCAGGCCAUUAUCGUCGCUCAGCAACAUGUUCAGUGGGCAUGAGAGCCAGAGGCCAGUGCUUCCUGCUAGGUACUUCGAAGUGCUUCUUGACAUGCCUUCGAACAGAUCUAUUGCAGAUGAGCACAAUGCAUGAGUUACGGAGCAUGUGUCUGCUGCAUCGGUUGGAGUCUCCGGCUGCCUGGGCGUCAUGGUUGUGCCUUGAGUCAUUGUCAUUUGUCCAUGUGCCUGUACUAUCAUGAACUGUCAUGGCAUCUUGGGAAUGCAAUUUCCAAGUUAAUAGAGCGGCCACCACCUUUUACUUACAUCUAAAAUAAGUGAGGUGACCCGCUCGCAUAGCGAUACAUCCUGGUUUCUACGCACCCCUUUUGUCGACCAAUUCUAUUCGUGCAUACAAUAUACAGCAGGCAUGCUUGCCUUAGCUGUAACUGAGCCAGUGAUGGGGCUUUGUUUUCUCACAGAUGAGUGAGCACAUGAAAUUAUAAUCUGUAUACUUUGUGGCUGACUUGAAAGAGCAGCCAAGGUUAUUGUAGAGUUUAUGCUGCAAGGUGUCUAGAGAUGACCGGCUGAAGCGGUUGUUCGAAGCUGCCUAUGUACACUGCAAGGUGUCUAAAGAUGACUGGCUGGAGCGGUUGUUCGAAGCAGGCUGAUGUGUGCCUCCUGGGGAAAUGUUUUUUGCAGUUACUCAGUGGCAUUUGAUUCAUAGAGCAAGAAAUUCAAUUAAGAAAAGGCUAAAAAAUUAUAAAAAAAUUCUAUAACAGAGCCACAUGGGUCCAGUUGUCUUAUUACAAGUGACGACUUGUCCAAAGCUGCCAGUAGUGUAAAAAAAUGAAUUACACCAGUGUAUUGCGUUUUUGCUGUAGCAUGUACUGUGUCAAUGCACACACAGUGUAUUACACUGCACUAUAUUAUAUUGUUGGUUAUGGCCAUAAAUUUUAGUCACGGCUACAGUCUUCAAAGAACUACUUACUGUACGUCUGUCUUAAAAUGCAGCAGAGGUGCUUUGUGAUGUGGCCCACCCUUGCACAUUAUUCAGCUACAUGUAAGGCUUGUUUCAAGUAGCUGUUGGGUGCUCCAUCGAGGCAUAGUAUCAUCAAGUGUUCGUUACGAAAUGUCGCUUUUUUUGACACAGGGCAGGGGGGGGAGGAAACUUGAAACAUUGGCAACUGCUCAUAGCAGAAGAGAAAGCGAUACUAGCAACUUGCCCUAUGAUGAACGCCAGUGGACGACGAUGCAUUUGACGUGUGUGUGUUUGUGAAUCGGGCUUUACGAAGGCCUUGAAAUUACUGCCACGCCGACAUGAAAAUUAAGUUUAUUUAUUUUAUUUACAGUUGGUACAAGCAAAGAUAUGUUAGAAGCAUAGGGAAGUACUCGUCUAGUAUGAUAACCAUUAAGCUAACUGCAUCCUGAUCAGGGUCACCAACUUUCCUACAAUAAAUAUAUGACUUAUGGGACGUUCAAAGAGGCAUGGCACAAAUAGUAAAAUUUUGAAUUGUUUUGAUAAAGUGAUACUGUACAAUCAAACUAAACAAAAACUUGUCUUGAAAAUAGGUAGCAGAACUAGCAAGUUUGCUUUGACAUUUGGUUGAGGACAGCUAAAGAGCAGUGCGUAGCUGUUGGCUCGUCUGUCAACAUUGGUAUAGGACUUUUAAGUCUCAGUUUACUCAUUUUACAUUUGAUUUGAAAGCAUGGGUUGAACUGUGAACUGUUUGAUCUAGAAGUUACCAUUUGUACCAGCUGAAAAACUAAAACAGUGGCAGCCAUACCUGUGAUAACAGUUGGAAUUAUGACAAAAUACUGAGAAUAUCUUGCAUGCUUACUUUAUUGCAACAAGAACAGUUCAGAUAGUGAAUAAAUUAUUUAUGCAACAGUUCUUGGGUAUUCACUGAGCUCUACCGGUGCCUUUUGCAUGCAUUUGUGCAUUUUCAAAGGCGUAUUUUGGAACAAGUCAGAGUCGUCUUGUGAGAAGCAGUGAUUUUGUGUUGCUGGCCAGAUGUGGUGCCAUCUCCUUUAGUUUACCCUUUAGCUCAUCAGUACCUUUUGCUUUUUGUGUUUCGCAUGGUUUUGUGCCUUUGAAUAUUUCUUUAUAUUGUCUGCCCUGUGAAACAAUGCAUUUAUGGCACCUGCAAAACACAGUCCUCCGUGGCCAUUGUGUUUCAGCGUGCAUUAGUCCUUUUCCUGGUCCCGCAAAAGUAUAGUACAACAUUUUGUUUGUUGUACAAGUCUUUUACCUUUGUUUUCUCGUUUGUACAAAAAAUAUGGCCUGAUUGCAGAAUACGGCCACCACCGCUGUACCAGUGUAUAGAUAUAGAGCAAGUUGGGAUAGCAAAAGAAAAGCUGAAAAGAAAUGGAAAACAAAGAAUAAAUCUGGCAUUCUGUUUAUACCUAUCAUACUUUUUCUUUCAUAUAACUCUCCAUUACAUCUCACUUGUGCUAUGCUGUAAAGUCUUGCAGGUAAGCCAGGGCCACAUCCAGGUAACCACAGAGGGAGGGUUGUAUAUAUACAUAAAAGGAAAAAUGGAAAAGUGUUAGGUUUCGCAGAGCUCACUAUUCUGCUUGUGAGAGGAUCGUAGGGUAGUUAUUGGGGAACAUGCGAGUGUAGAUCAAUCAUACCUGCUAUACAGGGCUUGUAGUUGCGCAUUUGCGUUGGUUGUUGUCAGGUAAGGCAGGAGAACCAGUCUUGCAUUUCAGGACCUUUAAGGCAAAGCUCCAGUGAUCUCUGCUUUGGUAGAGGGUUCACUGUCCAGUAGGAAGCUAAAAGAUGGCUCCAUAGGGAAACCCCAAUUAUGUGAAUUUUGUGAUGUGACUGAAAAAAAAAUUAUUCAGCACCACGAGGUAGUUGUGGGUGUUUGAACACCUUAGCAAUGCUUGUACAUACGGGUGCACCAUGCUAAUCUAUUCAAACGUACGCCACGUACACUUAUGCCUACACUAUGCAUUUUUAAUGUAUACUCUUACUGUACUCUCAAAGCUCUUGCCCGGUUCAAUUAAGAUGCUGAAUAGCAGAACUCGUUUUCAAUUGCAAUGCACUCGAUGUUGGGUUCAAAGUUGAAAACUGAGGGUGUUCAUACUCUUGACAGUAGUCGGCCUUCGUCUUUGGGGACCUGUUGAAGAAACGAUGGUGCAUGUGGCCACUGUAAGCAGCGAGUGAAGGUUACUGAAGCUGGACAUGAAGCAUCGUCAAUGGCAUCAGCAGGCCACAACAAUAGAUAAAAGGCAUGGAAUUUAGCAAAAAAAAUGAGCUGCAGUACACCAAUGCUCUUUCUAAUCUAUGAGGGAUGUGCACUGUCGUCCUUAAUGAAAGGGAACAGGUGAGCACGUGGCCUGCGCUCUGCGGCACCUACCUACAGGCCCAUCAUCGACCAACAGCAAAAGACGUUGACUUUUGGCGUCAUCUACUGGCAAACAACACAACGAAUUAUGGCCGCUAGACAAGCGCUGUACGAUACUGUAGGCAGCGGUUGCAGAGAAAAGACCACGUGAUCACGUGUUUUCUUUUAUAAAGAACAGCAGUGUACAAUGGUUUCAUUUAUAGGGAAGCACUUUCAUUAAAUCUGUUGCCGUCUCCCAUAUCAGUGGAUCGCCCAGUAUGCACUUCCAGUGCCUUGGAAUACGAGAGCCAAAAUAAUGUAUAUAUGAUUCUGUUUACGAUGAUAUCCUUUUUCGAACUUUGUUGGUCAGAAUGGGGGAUGAUGGGAAUGAAAUAGUGUCAAGCAAAAACAAUCUAAAUGUAUUUUUAAACAACGAGGUAUUGAUUUAUGCAGGCGUCCACUAUUUACCAUUAUUUGUGGCAGGCAAGGAAGAGAGAAAGCAACUUUUUGAAAGGGACAAGAACUUUCAGUGCAACCUGUGAGAAUUUUUGUGAUAGCUCCUGAACUUUGUGUUCAACCACACCAUGACAUCGUACAGAAAGGGGCUUGUUUCCUUUGUAUUUAUUCUGUGGCAAGUUAUUUAGACAGAACAUUGUGAGACUACUAGACUGAUUGCACCCAUUGCAGAAAGCAGGGCUCUGAAGAUAGUGGUAAUUAGUACCAUUAUAUUUCCUAUGACCUCUAUUGUCCAGAGCAGCAUGCUCAUUUACAUUUUUUGGAGCCCCAUUGUCAUCUUUCACUGUUCUUGUGGGUUUGUUGUUAACAGAGUGCAGUAAGUUUUUUGUGGGCAGGCUCUUUAAAGCAGUCAGUUGUCUGCCUGUUUGUACUCUCAAACCUCAUUAUAACAAAGUUGAAUUUUAAAUGAAAAUAAUUUUGGUGUAUUCGAAAAUUUAUUGUAAAAGUUUAUUCCAAACAACGUAUCUAUUGAAAAACUAUUUUUUGUUCACUUCGUUAUAACCGAUAUUUUGUUAUGUCAGGGUUCAUUAUGUUGAGGUUUGAGUGUAUAAUGAAGUGUGUGAAUGCACAUUGCCUCAGUGACUUGUGUGCCACACCCUUGAAAUAACUGUCUUUAGGCAUGCAGCAUUUGAAGUGUUCGUGACGUAACGCACCUUUUGCAGACCUCUGCUCUCAUCGUCGUGGCACCGAUUUGCCCACUGUGCCUUGCACUUGUGCCUUGAAAAGUGCGCUAUUACACUUUUGUAACAUGAAAGUCUUUCCGUCAGCUCUUAAUGGCCUGAGACAUCGACGAGUACUAUACUGUUCACUAGAUAACGGCUCGUGAAUGAUGAGGUCAUACACGAGCUAAAUCUACUGAACAGCCGUAGGCCAUGUAGUAUAGCUACACUUUGUAAUCACAAAAAACUUUUUUAUUUUUGAACAGGUAGUUUGAAAGUGCUUGACACGAAUUUUGUUGGGCUGAAAUGCAAGUUCAACCGUUUUAAUGUGUUAAUUAGGUUAUUGACAAAUGGACAAUUAAGCCAAACUUUGUGAAUUUUUUUAGGGAGUUCAAUACAAUGAUUGUAAAAGGUUGUGCUACCUGAAACUCUCAUGGUGGUGUUUCAGUUAUGUUUGACGCUGUUGUGUUUUUUUAGAUGAGUUCAACGAAAUGUCCUGCCACCUUAGAAUCUCAGUUCCCGUUUUGGGAUGAACGGGUGAAAAAAAUGUUGCGAUUCUUUUUGUGUAUGUUUGUCUUUGUAAAUGUUUGGAGUCAUGUCUAUCAGACUGAGUUCUUGAUAUGGGGACACUGAUGCUCAUAAGUUCAUGCACUGCUUCAUGCUGUUGUUUAUCCGUGUUCUGGCGACAUCUUUGUGGAUUACUUUUCUUUUAUACUAUGAUUUGUUGCUGCUUAAUAAUGUGUACAACAUGCUGUGCCAUACCAAGUAUUUUGAGCAGUUUUGUCGGGCUGCCUUGCACAGUUCAUCUCAACACUGCUUCACUUGCUUUCUGGUUAAAACAUUCGACAGGCGACACGCUCGCUCGUGUGUUCAAUGCUGGAUGCGUUACUUGUUGGUCUGCCAUGCGUGCCAUGUAGUGAAUCGCUUGUGGUUGCAAAAGUGUCUUCAAUUCCCACAGCAAAAUUUUUUCCUCUCGUUCCACGCUGUGACAUAGCCCUGUUUUCAGUGAGCCUGCAUGAAACUAUAUACGCAGGAGUCUCUUGUUUGGCCGACAGUCCUUACCACUUGCACUCUGAGCAUUAAGGGCAUUAUUGAUGCCGGCAUCACAUGGGCACUUCUGAUGCGAUCUAAUUCUCCUGUCGCAAUUGCCUCCUUGGCAUGUUGCCAAAGAAAGGCCACCUACGAUAGAAACAUUCGAUCCCUACCGAUAUCCAAAGUGUGUCUUGUGUGACCGAGUAUACAAUAUUCGCUGUGCACUCGAAAGCUCGCACAUUGACUGAUUAAUGUUAGUGUGUUCCGAGGCAAGUUGCCAGCUUGCAGAGCUUAAUUCAUUUCUGUUCACGCUUGCACUGUGUGCAGGCGGGCCCCGCAGACCGUACAAAGUGUAAUAAAACAUCAAAAAUUA